GAGCGCAGUAACAACCCAUUCUCACCACUACUUACCGGCUACAUGUGGGGUGAGAAACCUGCUGAGUAAAACCAGGCAGAGGAAAGAUACAAAACUAAGCAUUAGUGUACUUUUUACUGCAUGGAAUAACUGCUCUGAGUUUUUUUUCCACUGAGGCGUUAGGUGGGUAAACUAGUGAAAGUUGGAUGCCUGAGGACAAGUCUGGACUGAACGACAAUGGAAUUUGUGACCUCGUAAGCACGAGAAAUAACGUUAUCUGUCUCGGUUGGUUUGUGUGAGUGUACGAGCUUCGGUAGCAGACAAUUUGGAUACUUUGAAUGAAACCAGUGAAAACUUGUUCGCUUCAUCGGAACGAGGAGUAAAGCAGCGUUUGGAGCAAGUGACUGAAGAGUUGUACACAGGGCAAGGUUUGGACACAUCCUCAUGGGAGCCAUGGAAAGAUUGGAAAUGGCAGGAAAAGAGCACUAAACUUCUACAGUCGCCUCUCCCAUUGAGUGCCACCCUCCCCCGCCAUCGUUGCUCAUGCCUGGGAGCCCAACUCCUUGUAAAUAGCUGUGGCCAAGGACUAACAGACAUCCUGUCAGCGGUGGAACACAGUGGAUCAGGUUGUGUCCAGAAGGAUGUGUCUUUAAACCCGAGCUGCUGGGAGGUCAAGAGGUGACAUGCCUCUGUAAAACAUCACUGGAAACAAAUGCUCUGCUGCCAUGCCUCCGGGGACGGUCCAUUGUCUUUCAGUGUUAGCAGUCCAAACGCUGCUGUCUCUCCUGCUGCUAACCUCCGACUGGCCCCUCGCCUUGAUUCCUAGUGGUGUUGUCCAAGGAUCAGACUCCUCCCCCUCCAGUCUCUAUCCCACCUUUAUUCGGAAUGACACUCUGUUUGAGCACUUGGCCCUGCAUCCCAACCCCAGUGUGAGUCGGGUCUACGUUGGAGCCCGAGAUCACCUGUUCCAGUUGGAUGGAUUCCUCCAUCCUGAACUUGAGGAUGACACUGGACCUGUCACUGACAGUCGGGAGUGCUUGCCUCCUGUCACUGAGAGCAACUGCCCUCAGGCUAGGCUCACCAGCAACCACAACAAGCUCCUGCUGGUCAAUCCUUACUCCAUGGAACUUAUUACCUGUGGAAGCGUCAACCAGGGAAUCUGCCAGAAACGUAGUCUGGAUUCUGUGAAUGUAGUACUUUUCUCAACAGAGAGGCCGGUGGAUACUCAAUACGUAGCCGCUAACCACCCCAAUGUUAGCACCGUGGGACUCGUGGUUCGCUCUCAUCCUGACAGGCAGCCAGUGCUGUUUGUGGGGCGGGGUUACACUAGCAGCCACCCACCGAUUUCCACACGAAACCUUGCCCAGGAACCUGUCUUUUCUUACGAGGAGACAGCCAAGUUGGCUGUGGCUGGCCGUCUGUCAGAAUAUGACCAUCACUUUGUAGCUUCAUUUGCCCACCGUCAGCAUGUGUACUUCCUUUUCUACAGACGGGACCUUAAGUCACAGUCACGCGAGUACUGCACUUACGUCUCUCGUGUUUGUUUGGAUGACCAGGCCUAUUACUCCUAUGUGGAAGUGCCCCUGACAUGCCGAUCCAGGACAGGAAAAAUUUACAACCUCUUGCAAGCCGUCCAGCUCGGGCUCACCAAGGAGGGUACAGAGAGCCAAGGCUCAGAAGUUCUUCUUGGUGUCUUCUCCACUCGUUUGGCUUCAUCAACUCGGCCCAGCGAGGACUCUGCCCUCUGCAUGUUUAACCUUGAAGACGUGGACCGCAGGAUUAACUCUACCAGAGACCUGUGCUACACACAGGUGGGGAAAGAAGCAGGACUGGAGGCAGCCUACAUCGAGUAUGAAGUCAAAUCCAACUGUGCCAACUUGCCAGAGAACACUCUGGAUGCAUACCCCUGCGGCUCUGACCACACCCCCAGCCCGAUGGCCAGCAGGAUGGCUGUAGAAGCAGAGACCAUAUUGGACAGCCCAUCUGCUCGUCUCACUGCUGUGGCUGUUAGCGUGAGGGCGGGACAUACCAUUGCCUUCCUGGGAGACUCCAAGGGGAACCUGCACAAGGUGUUCCUGGGGCCAAACGGCGAGGUGGAGGAAUACUCUGUCAUCUCCAUUCAGCAGAAAGCAGCUAUCAGUUCAGACCUCAUUCUGGACCAGAAAGAGGAACAUCUCUUCAUCAUGACUCAUAACAUGCUGCAGAAGAGACCAGUGGCUGAAUGCCAGCAGCACCCAGACUGCCACUCCUGCCUGCUGGCCCACGACCCCUACUGUGGCUGGUGUGUCCUGGAGGGAAGGUGUGUGUUGCAGUCACAGUGUGCUCGUGGGAAUCAGCCAGGUCAGUGGCUGUGGAGCUUUGACAUGGAACAGCAGUGUCUGGCAGUCCAGGACCUCAACCCCUCCAAUGUCAGCAGGGAGGAGAGCAGGACAGUGUCUCUGUCAGUCCCGGGACUCCCAGUGUUAGAGAAAGAGGAGUCCUACUCCUGCUACUUCCAGGACAGCCACAGUCCUGCCAUUGUCACCCAAUCCGGUGUCACCUGCCAUUCUCCUGACACCAGCCAAGUACCCAUGGUGCCUCCAGGACAGGACUUUGUCACAGUCACCUUGUCUCUUCGCUUCGGCGACGUCACCGUCACAGCGAGGGAUUUCACCUUCUAUGACUGCACGGCGGUUAAGCAGCUGUCUGGCAGCAUGCCUUGCCGUGGUUGUGUUUUGAGCCGAUGGGGCUGUAACUGGUGUGUUCACCAGCACUUGUGUACCCACAAGCCCACCUGUGAGGAGGGGGUGAUCAUCUACAACCAACAUUUUAAACUCCCCACCUCAGCUCCUCCCACAACCAAACCUAUGAAAGUCAUGACAACAGCCCCGCCCACAAAGGCUGCCAUGACAACCAGCACCAUGGCCGCCACCACAACAGCUCCAACAACAACUAUUGCUACAACAACUGCAGCCUCUGUCACUGUAGCAACCACUCAGGAGCCAACCACCCCUCCUGCACCCACUACUCCACCCACGACCACUACCAGCCUUGAGCCAACCACCCCACCGACCACCCUGCCCCCUCAGCCUGCCAGCACACUGCCAUCCACCACGCCAGCACCCACUCCCCCUUUACUCCCAGAGGUCAACACCGGGACGGAGAAAGAAGCUAAAGCAGGAGAGCUUUUUGUUGUCACCGAAAGUGACACAGAAGGUGCAGCAGUUACGCCCACUGUCAACAUGGUAUCCACAGUGUUGGUGCCUGUCACCGUGGCUGAUGGUCUGGACUCUGUGGUGCCUUUGAUCAUCCCGCUACAUGAACCGGAUUCCUUCCCCUUGGAGGUGGUCACAGAAUCGCCCCCCAGCCACACCCAGGAAGCUGAGGGAGCCUUAAGCCUGGCAGAGCCUCCCACCCCAGCCUCAUCUGGCUUCCCCCUGCCCACGCCCUUCUCUGUAGGUGAUCCUGGUGACUGGGAGCCCUCCCUUGACCUGGACCUGACCCAGACUCCCACCCUGAGAUCCACACAGGAACCCCAAACUGAAGCAUUAAGCCCAGGCACCAACCCUGAGGUGCUUCUCUGGCCUAAAGAAGAAGUAGUCGUCCACGCUGAGACUGCCGUCCAGUCAGAAAAUGACACAGCCACAUUUUCCGCUGCCACAGUGUUAUCAGGUGAUGGUGAGGUUGACCAUGCCCCCCCAUCCUACCCCCACCUGCUUGAUACGGACUCAGAGCUGGACUACCAGUAUGAUCCAGCUGAUGCCUUUCUCCCGGGGGAUGAGGGUUCCUAUGUCAGCUGGGGUUCCUCAGCCUGUCCCUGUGUGGAGAAGGUCCAGGGUUCAUCCCUUCUCCCUGUCAGAGUGGAGAGGAAGAUCACUUUACUGGCCCGCAACCUGCACCUUUAUCAGGAUACGGAGCUGGACUAUGAAUGUGUGUUGGUCAUCGAGGGACAGACGGUGGUGGUGGAUGCCUACGUGGAGACUGAUGACAUGAGUCCAUCAAACUUUGACAUCACCUGUCAACUCCACCAGUACACAUAUUCUGCACCAGUGGAUGAAUACAAUGCCAUGGUGUAUGUGAAGAGGAGGGACACCUUCCAUGUGGACAGCUCUCCUGAUCUAUACGUGACUCUGUAUAACUGCUCUGUGGGCCGCUCUGACUGCAGCCGCUGCCACACAGCUGAUCAAAAAUAUGGUUGUGUGUGGUGCGGUGGUGCUCAGGCCAGUUGCUUGUAUUCCGACUCUUGUAGUGAGCCCAUACAACAGACAUGCCCCGCCCCUGUCAUCCACUCUAUUGAGCCACUCUCUGGCCUGUUGGAAGGCGGCACCUUGGUGACUGUCUCGGGUUCUAACCUGGGCCAGAAGGCUGAAGACAUCCUUCACUCUGUGUCAGUAGCUGGGAUUCCUUGCACUGUCAUCCCAAGCCUCUACGAGGUUUCCUCCAGGAUUGUGUGCAAGACCAAAGCCAGUGGAGGAGAGAAGGUGGGCUACAUGUCUGUGAAAGUGAGCGGAGGAGAGUUUGGUGUGUCCAGCCAGACAUUCAGCUACCAGGACCCUUUUGUGAUGGGGGUGUCUCCUGAAAGGGGGCCCAAAGCCGGAGGAACAUCCCUGACAAUUACUGGCCGAAACCUGCUGACAGGACGUCCCUCUGACCUCACCAUCACUGUGGGAGGGGUGCCCUGUAGAAUUGUGUCAGAGGUGCAGAGCUCCAGUGUUCAAUGUGUGACAGGCAGCAGUAAUAAGACAGGAGAUCAGCGAGUCACACUGCAUUACGGCAGCAGCCAACGCCACCUCCACACUUCAGCCUACCGCUACACCCACAACCCAAACAUCACCGAAGCCAAACCCGCAAAGAGCUUCCUGAAUGGAGGUCGGCUCAUCCGUGUGUCGGGACACAACCUGGACGUGGUGCAGGAGCCCCGGAUGGUGGUGACCGUCUCUCCCUUGGCAUCAGUCAGCCAGAAUAAAAGGAAGAAGCGGAGGAGGAGGAGGAGUGGAGAGCAGGGGGAGGACAGGCAGAAGACUUUGGGAAGGCCAGUGAGGAUGGUUCUUGAACCCGUCUGUCCUGGAGACCCACUCUGCUCUGUCAAACAGUUCACUGAGCGUUGUGAGGUGAACUCCUCCUCCCUGAUCCUCUGCCGCUCUCCUAUGGUGGACUCUUCUGCCUUGGUGUCAAAGGUCACUGCAGAGUUUUUACUGGACAACCUGCGCUUUGACUUCAGCAGUCUGAGCCCUCAGAGCUUCAGCUACGCGCCCAACCCCACCCUGCAGCCCCUGAACCAGCAGGACCCUCUGAAGGCUUACCGCUACAACCCUGGCAGCUUCAUCCAGCUGGAGGGGGAAGACCUGGACCUGGCCAUCACUAAGGACGAGGUGGUAGUGUUGAUUGGGGAGGGUGUGUGUGCUGUUAAGACCCUCACCAAAAACCAUCUGUACUGCGAGCCGCCACCUCAGCAGCCUGCACCAGGACCCAACAGCAAGAAACGCGAGGGCUCCGACAAUCUGCCUGAAUUCACAGUCCAAAUGGGCAACCUGAACUUCUCCCUUGGUAAGGUUCAGUAUGACAACCUCAGCCUGUCCACCUUCCCUCUGGAGGCCCAGAUUGGAGUAGGGGUUGGGGCGUCCAUAGUCGCCCUCAUCGUCCUCAUCAUUGUGCUCAUUUACAGGAGGAAGAGUAAGCAGGCUGUGAGAGACUACAAGAAGGUCCAGAUCCAACUGGAGAACCUGGAAACCAGCGUGAGAGACCGCUGCAAGAAAGAGUUCACGGACCUGAUGACGGAGAUGAUGGACAUGUCCAGUGACCUGGUGGGCUCUGGCAUUCCUUUCCUUGACUACCGGAUGUACGCUGAGCGCAUCUUCUUCCCCGGCCACCGGGAGUCUCCGCUGAGGCGAGACCUGGAUGUUCAAGAGUGUCGAAGGCAGACAGUGGAGCAGGGACUGGUGCAGCUGUCCAACCUGCUCAACAGUAAACUCUUCCUUACCAAGUUCAUUCACACUCUGGAGAGCCAACGGACUUUCUCUCCCAGAGACAGGGCGUACGUGGCCUCCCUGCUGACGGUGUCGCUGCAUGGCAAACUGGAGUAUUUCACCGACAUCCUCAAAACUCUCCUCAAUGACCUGGUGGAGCAGUAUGUGGCCAAGAACCCCAAACUGAUGUUGCGACGAACAGAGACAGUGGUGGAGAAGCUGCUGACCAACUGGAUGUCCAUCUGCCUCUAUGCUUUCCUCAGGGACUCAGCAGGGGAGUCUCUCUACAUGCUGUUCAGGGCCAUAAAGCACCAGGUAGACAAAGGACCUGUGGACGCUGUGACCGGCAAGGCCAAGUACACCCUCAAUGACAACCGCCUGCUGCGAGAGGAUGUAGAGUAUAAGACUCUGACUCUGAAUGUUUUGGUGCAGGGUGGAGGAGUGAAUGAGAGCCAGCCGCUGCCCUCCAAAGUGCUGGACUGUGACACCAUCACACAGGUGAAAGAGAAGCUGCUGGACCAGGUCUACAAGGGCACCUCCUUCUCCCACCGACCCCACGCAGACUCACUGGACCUCGAGUGGCGAUCUGGUGUUGCUGGUCAUCUCAUUCUGUCAGACGAAGACUUGACGUCUGUGGUUCAGGGAAACUGGAAACGCCUCAACACACUGCAGCACUACAAGGUCCCAGACGGUGCAACAGUAGCGCUGGUCCCUCGCCACACCAAACACAUUCACCAUGACAACCACGAUUAUGUGGCAGGAGAGAAGACUCCGAUGCUGGAGGAUGCAGAUGAAGGUGGAGUGAGGCUGUGGCAUCUGGUGAAAGCCAGUGAGGAGCCUGAGCUGCCCAAACACCGCCGAGGCAGCCUCAGGGAGAGAGAGAGGGCCAAGGCCAUCCCCGAGAUCUACCUGACCCGCCUGCUGUCCAUGAAGGGAACGCUGCAGAAGUUUGUAGACGAUCUGUUCACAGUGAUCCUCAGCACCAGUCGUCCCGUCCCGCUGGCUGUUAAAUACUUCUUUGACCUGCUGGACGACCAGGCAGGACAACAUGGCAUCUCUGACCCAGAGACAAUACACAUUUGGAAGACCAACAGUCUCCCUCUGCGUUUCUGGAUCAACAUUGUGAAGAACCCUCAGUUUAUCUUUGACGUCCAGGCGUCGGACCACGUGGACGCCGUGCUCUCUGUCAUCGCCCAGACCUUCAUGGACUCCUGCACCAUCGCUGAGCACAAGCUGGGACGGGACUCUCCCAUCAACAAGCUGCUAUAUGCAAGAGACAUCCCGCGCUACAAACAGAUGGUAGAAAGGUACUAUGCUGACAUCAGGCAGACCAUAUCAGCCAGUGACCAGGAGAUGAACUCAGCUCUGGCUGAAUUGUCCAGGAACUACUCUGGAGAGCUCAACUACCUGGUCGCACUGCACGAGCUUUACAAGUACAUCAACAAAUACUACGACCAGAUCAUCACAGCGCUGGAGGAGGACACUACGGCCCAGAAGAUGCAGCUGGGCUACAGACUGCAGCAGAUCGCAGCUGCCGUGGAGAAUAAGGUCACUGACUUGUGACAGAGGAAUCACCCAGCAGAGCUGUGGCAAACGGAGUGGGCUGGCAGGAGGAGGAAGAGGAGGAGAAUUAACAGAUUUGCACCCUGCAGGUUGAACUGAAAAGCAGGAAAGCAACAGACAGACAAAUCAGAAGCUUCCUUUCAGGAGGAAGUCUUGAAGACAAGGAGUUUUUGAAGAAACUUUUGAGGUUUGUGUAGAAGUUCACAUCCCAGCAUCUGUCCUGGUGGUGUUGGCUGUGGAUGACUUUAGUCUGGACACUUUGAGCUCUCUGUAUAAGCAGGACAGCACACAGACACUGGACGAAGAAAGAGGGGAUGUGUAAAACACACCAGUCAGGCCUGCUGUCCCUCCUGUUGACUGUAUGUAAAGAUAUUGAAGGAAGAACAUGUGCUGGACUUCCAACUUAACGGUCUUACACAGUAGUGCUCAUGUAAAAGAAACAGCUGCUUUACAGACAGCUGAUCUGAUCUGAAGACUGAUUUCAAUGGGAUUUUAUCUCACUGUGACCCCCUGGAGUGAAUUUUUAAAAGCGGUACCUCUUAUGCCUUGUGUGCUUCUCGCUGCUGUAUGGUCUGAAGAUAUUCCUUUGUGUGUGUGUAUGGUGAUUUCUGUGUGUAUGAAUGUGUGUGUGUAUGUAUGUGUGUGUGUGUGUGUGUGUUUGCAGUUAUCCAUAUUGCCCUGGUUAUCAAUCUACCCCUUGUAUUGUGACAUUUCUGGUUUCUUGUACAAAGUAUUGAAGUAACUGGUUCUCAUAUUUUAGAUCUUACAGUCAGCAGUAUUCAGAAAACAGUGAACUGGGCUUCAAUAUUAUUUCUCUGAAAUGUUUAAGAAUGAAACCUUCGUCACAAUGUUGUUUGCUUGAAGGGACAGUUCACCCCAAAAUCAAAUUUACAUAUUUUUUCUCUUACCUGUGGUGCAUUUUGUCAGUCUACAUGUUUUGGUGUGAGCUGCAGAGUGUUG